AUGUCUGCCUCCGCCAGAAUCCCCCCUAUCGCCCAACCCUUCGUCAGCGACCGCGCGAAGAAGACCCUUGAUCUGGUCGAAGAAUUCGUCGAGAAAGAAUGCAUUCCCGCCGAGGCCCUCUUCUCCGCUCAGCUCGGCGUGGGCGAGAAACGAUGGAAGACCAACCCCGCCGCCAUGGAGGAGCUCAAAGUUAAGGCCCGCAAGAUCGGCCUGUGGAACAUGUUCCUGCCCAAGAACCACUUCUCGCAGGGCGCCGGGUUCAGCAAUGUUGAAUAUGGUUUGAUGGCGGAGUACUUGGGGAAGAGUAAGGUUGCGAGUGAGGCUACGAAUAAUGCUGCCCCUGAUACGGGUAACAUGGAGGUCUUCGCCAAGUAUGGAAAUGACCAGCAGAAGGCGCAGUGGUUGUCACCUCUACUAGAGGGGAAGAUCCGGUCUGCGUUCCUGAUGACAGAACCAGAGAUCGCUUCUAGCGAUGCUACCAACAUCCAGCUUGAUAUUCGCCGCGAGGGCAACGAAUAUGUCCUUAAUGGAUCUAAAUGGUGGUCCUCCGGCGCCGGUGACCCCCGCUGCCAAAUCUACCUCGUCAUGGGCAAGACCGACGCCCGCAACCCUGACCCCUACAAGCAACAAUCUGUCGUCCUAGUCCCCGCCAACACCCCCGGCGUCACUAUCCACCGCAUGCUCAGCGUCUACGGCUACGAUGACGCUCCCCACGGCCACGGCCACAUCACCUUUGAGAACGUCCGCGUCCCCCUAUCAGCCAUGGUCCUCGGUGAAGGCCGCGGCUUCGAAAUUAUCCAGGGCCGCCUAGGCCCCGGACGUAUCCACCACGCCAUGCGCACUAUCGGUGCUGCCGAGCGCGCUGUUGACUGGCUCAUUGCCCGUAUCAACGACGACCGCAAGAAGCCCUUCGGCCAGCCUCUCUCCUCGCACGGUGUCAUCCUCGAAUGGCUUGCUAAGUCACGCAUUGAGAUCGACUCCGCGCGCCUGAUCGUUCUCAACGCCGCCAUCAAGAUCGACCAGGGCAAUGCCAAGUUUGCGCUCAAGGAAAUCGCCCAGGCGAAGGUGCUUGUGCCGCAGAUUGCGCUGUCAGUCAUUGAUCGGGCUGUGCAGGCUUAUGGUGCUGCCGGUGUGAGCCAGGAUACGCCGUUGGCGAACCUGUGGGCAAUGAUCCGGACGCUGAGGAUUGCGGAUGGGCCUGAUGAGGUGCAUUUGCAGCAGCUUGGGAAGAGGGAGAAUAAGUCGCGUCGCGAGGAGGUUGUUAAGCGGUUAGCGUGGCAGAGGGAGCAGAGCGAUAAGAAUCUGACUGCCAAUGGGUUCCCGAAGACGAAGAGUUCGCUUUGA